AUGAGUAAAAUAAUACUGUUUGAUAAAUCAAUCGCAUUUGAUAAAUCAACCGCAUUUGAUAAAUCAACCGCAUUUGAUAAAUCAACCGCAUUUGAUAAAUCAACCGCAUUUGAUAAAUUAAUCGCAUUUGAUAAAUCAACCGCAUUUGAUAAAUCAAUCGCAUUUGAUAAAUCAACCGCAUUUGAUAAAUCAAUCGCAUUUGAUAAAUCAACCGCAUUUGAUAAAUCAACCGCAUUUGAUAAAUCAACCGCAUUUGAUAAAUUAAUCGCAUUUGAUAAAUCAACCGCAUUUGAUAAAUCAAUCGCAUUUGAUAAAUCAACCGCAUUUGAUAAAUCAACCGCAUUUGAUAAAUCAACCGCAUUUGAUAAAUCAACCGCAUUUGAUAAAUCAAUCGCAUUUGAUAAAUCAAUCGCAUUUGAUAAAUCAAUCGCAUUUGAUAAAUCAACCGCAUUUGAUAAAUCAAUCGCAUUUGAUAAAUCAACCGCAUUUGAUAAAUCAACCGCAUUUGAUAAAUCAAUCGCAUUUGAUAAAUCAACCGCAUUUGAUAAAUCAACCGCAUUUGAUAAAUCAACCGCAUUUGAUAAAUCAAUCGCAUUUGAUAAAUCAACCGCAUUUGAUAAAUCAAUCGCAUUUGAUAAAUCAACCGCAUUUGAUAAAUCAAUUGCAGCUGUUUAA